AUGCCUUUAGUUCAGUAUAUCACCUCCAUCCGAGGCCGAGCCAAUCUUGAAGCUGCCUUCGAGGUCGUCCUGAACAGGCAGUCGGUUUCACGAUUAAUAUAUUACCCCCCGACGUGCCUAUCCGGUCUUCAUCUCGCGGCAUACUUUGGUCUCAAAGAUGCUUUUAUCGUGACCUUAGAACGGUCUGGGACAGAGCGGAACAACGGUCAGCUAACUAUUGAGAUUGAUGUAAAUGUUCGUGAUUACGCCGAUUUCACACCUCUCUUCUACGCCGUCAUGGGCGGCAAAGCCGACUUCAUUGCGUGGCUGCUCAGUAUUGACGAGGUAGAAGUGAACUCAAAAAGGCAUAACCAUCCUUGUACACCGAUCCACACUGGUAUCAGCAUUGGUAAUAUGGCUGUCAUUCUACCGUUCAUCGAAUCUGACAAAGCCGACCUCAACAGCCAGGAUACAUGGGGAAUGACUGCUCUAGCAGAGGCCACGAAAAGAGGCUACGUUGGCAUUGUAAAAGCUCUCGUAGAGUCGAACAGGGUUGACGUCAACUUAGAAGACAAUUCCAACCAAACACCCCUGUCAAUUGCUGCUGAGAGGGGCCUUGUCGAGGUAGUAAGAUUGUUUCUAGGAACGGGCAAGGUUAACGCAAACCAAGUGGAUGUCUUCGGGAGAACGCCACUGCAUAAUGCCCUGCACACGAGCCCUGGAGAGACAGCGCGUUGUUUACUUGAAUCAGGCCAGAUUGACGCCAGUUUGUCUGCGCAAGAUCGCUCGGGAAGAACGCCUUUACGCGAGGCUCUCAAUAGUCUCGGUCGAGAUCAUUCAAUCACCGAGCUUAUCCUGGACAGAAUGGAAGCCAUUGGGAUUAAGAGAGAAGAUGCGUUACAAGCUGCAGAAUACACGCAAUAA